AUGUCUGUUAAAGAGGAUAUUCCGGCUAUUUUUCUCGACAAGAUUUCGCCCAAAGGAUUGGACGCGAUCCAGAAAUGUAAGGAUUUUGUCGAGCAAUACUGUCUUCCGGCGGAUAAAAUAUACCUAGAGCAGCUUAGCCCUGACCCCACAAAAAGAUGGAAAUCUACCCCACAAAUCACUGAAAAAUUGAAGAAAAAAGCCCAAGAAUUGGGACUUUGGAACAUGUUCUUGUCAAAACACUAUGCUGAGGGUGCAGGGUACACCAACUUGGAAUAUGGGCUCAUGGCAGGUUAUUUAGGGCGGUCGUUGGUGGCCCCAGAAGCAACCAAUACCAAUGCACCCGACACGGGCAAUAUGGAAUUGCUUGCCAAAUACGGCACUCAGUACCAUAAAGAACGUUGGCUCAAGCCAUUGUUGAACGGAGAGAUUCGGUCGGCUUUUUUGAUGACGGAAAAGGGUACUUCUUCGUCUAAUGCGUUGAACAUUUCUGUUUCGGCCAAGAAAAAUGCCAAUGGGAAUUGGGUAUUGAAUGGUAUUAAGUGGUUCGCUUCUGGAUCAGGAGACCCACGGUGUUCAGUUUGGUUGGUAAUGUGCAAAACAGCCGAAACUAAGGCGAUUUAUGAAAACCACUCGGUUCUCGUUAUCGAUGCCAAAAAGGCAUUGGCUACAGGAAAUGCCAAAUUGAUCCGGCCAUUACAUGUUUUUGGCUAUGACGAUGCUCCUCACGGACACUUUGAGGUGGAAUUCAACAACUAUGAGAUUCCAAGUGAAGAUAUGCCCCAUUCCAUAUUGGCUUCUGAAGGUAGAGGAUUCGAGCUCAUUCAGUCGAGACUUGGUCCUGGUCGUAUCCACCACUGUAUGAGACUGAUUGGUGCUGGAGAACAAGCGUUGUUGCGCGUGAGCCAUCGUGCCAACAAUCGGCUCAUUUUCGGUACACUUAUGGCAAAGAGAGAAUCAUUUAUUACUGCAUUUGCCCAGCACAAGAUCAACCUUCAGAAAUGUAGAUUGCUCGUUUUGAAUGCUGCCCACAAAAUUGACAUCAGUAAUGCCAAACAGGCACAACGGGAGAUUGCUAUGGCCAAAAUUGAGACUCCAAGAACCGUUGGUAGGGUACUUGACUGGGGUAUCCAAAUGUUUGGAGCAGAGGGAGUUUCGCAAGACACCGAAUUGGCUCGUCUGUAUGCUAUCAACCGGACACUCCAGAUUGCUGAUGGCCCCGACGAAGCUCAUUUGAACCAAUUGGGAUUGAAAGAGGCCAAGAAAUUUGCACUUGCAAGUGAAUUCUUUGCUCAACAAGAAGAAUACCGCAAACGAUUAUCUAACCUCUAG